AUGUGCGGCAUAGCCCUCGUCCUCUCCGGCGACCACCUAGUCGUCGCCCCCUCCACCGCCGCCGCCGCCGCCACAUACGGAACACGGUUCCCCGACGAGGGGGAGGGCGUGUCGGUGGGCGAGCUCGAGGAGGCCCUGCGGCGGCGAGGCCCGGAUAGCCUUGGACGCCACAGGCUCCACCUUUGCGCGGACGGCACGAUCCUUGGGGGUAAGGAUGGGGUAGGUUGUGACCGUGGAGCCUGGGUUGGAGGCGGUGUGGGCACAACAGAGUUGUGCUUCAUUGGUGCCACGCUGCAGCUCAGGGGAGCUGAGCCGGUUUCGCAGCCGCUUGUGGCUCAAUCAGGAAAUGUUCUAGUGUACAAUGGUGAGAUAUACGGAGGAAUUGACAUUGGCAAAGAUCAGAAUGACACUCAAUCACUUCUGUCUUCACUGGAAUCUUGCUGCUCAUGUGACCUCCAUGCUGUUGAUAGUGAUGAAGCAUACCCUUGCUGUGAGUGUUCAGGGAAAUCAGUUCCACAGAUCCUCUCAACCAUCAAAGGACCAUGGGCUUUGAUAUACUGGCAGGCAGACUCAAAAACAUUGUGGUUUGGCCGGGAUGCAUUUGGGAGAAGGAGCCUCUUGGUACACUGGCCCACUCCUGAUGAUUCACGUUUUAUAUUAUCAUCAGUAUCACCCCCUUCGUUAUCAGGGAAUAAAUCUGCAACGGAGGUAAUUGGAUUGGAGUCAGGGGCAGACCCUGAUUUUUCUGGCGGUACCAAAGUUAGCUACUGGGAAGAGCUUCCUUGUGGGAUAUACAGCAUUCACCUGAAAAGGCUUGAGAAUAUUGCCGCAUGUAUGAAGGAAGGACGUUUUGUCGAAGUUAGAAAACAUGACUGGACGGAUUGUUGUUUGCACACAUUAAUACGAUGGGAGAGAAAAUCGACUGUUCCUACUACCUCUGUCCCGGGCAAGAGUUCUGUUGACGAAGGCAACCAGCAACUGUCCCCGAGUUUCAGAAACUCGAAAAAAGUUGCAGAUAGUACAAAUGUUGGGCUUGAGAAAAGAGAUCUCCCGAACUGCAUAACACAGUCAGUACAUAGAGUAUUGAUUGCACUAAGAGAAUCUGUAAUGCUGCGAACUAACAUGAACAGACUGUAUGAGGGUGAUCUAAAUAAACUCAAGGAUGAGGAGUUGGCUCCGAUAGCAAUCCUUUUCUCUGGUGGCUUGGACUCCAUGAUACUUGCAGCAUUACUAGACCAUUGCCUUGAUUCUAAAUGGACAAUCGAUUUGCUGAAUGUCAGUUUUGACGGCCAGCUUGCUCCAGAUAGGGUUUCUUCACUGGCAGGACUGAGGGAGCUACAAAGAAUCUCCCCUCUGCGGAGAUGGCGGCUUGUUGAGAUCGACACUGAUUUGGCCAACUUGAAAGGGGAAAGUGAACACGUGAUGUCACUAAUACACCCUUCAAAUACCUAUAUGGAUUUGAACAUUGGUAUAGCCCUAUGGUUGGCUGCUAGUGGGGAUGGUUGGGUGAAUGGGCAAGACGGUCAUCGCUACAAGUACAAGUCAACAUCUAGAGUUCUUUUAGUCGGUUCUGGAGCUGAUGAGCAGUGUGCAGGUUAUGGUAGACAUCGUACUAAAUAUAGAGUUGGAGGAUGGGUUUCACUGGAUGCGGAAAUGAGACUAGAUGUGCAAAGAAUCUGGAAAAGAAAUAUGGGAAGAGAUGAUAGGUGCAUUUCUGACCAUGGCAAAGAGGCUCGUUUUCCAUUUCUCGAUGAGAAUGUGAUAAAAACUUUGCUGGAAAUUCCACUAUGGGAGAUAGCUAAUCUUGAUGAACCUGCGGGGAAGGGUGAUAAGAAGAUUCUGAGAGAGGUUGCAAAGCUGCUGGGCUUACAAGAAGCCUCUUUUCUGCCAAAGCGAGCAAUCCAGUUUGGUUCGAGAAUAGCAAGGGAAUCGAACCGCAAGAACUUUGGCAGCAACCGGGCCGCGAACCAGGCGUCAGCAGGAAGCGUGGAGGUUCACAAGCGUAACCACUGACGGAGUCCCCCCAUCAUCGCAAACAGAGGACGCUGGAUGCUGCACUGCCACAUGCUCACCGCAGCAUGGGG